AUGUAGUGACUCCACAGAGAAAAAGAAAAAGAGUAUCCAUUUCCAAACCCCCAUAAUUCCCCUUUUUCUUCUUUGAUUAUUUAUCUCUUGUUUCUUCAAUUCCAUCAUCAAUUAAUCAAAACAGUAACAAUGUUAGCUGCUGCACCUGCACCUCCUCAAUCAUUCUCAUUCCCCCUCAAAUCAUCAAGAUUCAUUCCCUUAUCAAAAAAUAAUACAUUCUUUAUCAUCCCACCUAAAAGAAAACAACACCACUCACUCACACUUAUCAAAUCAUCACAAGAAUAUAAUGAUACCCAACAGCCUUCUUCUUCUUCUUCAUCUUUAGAACCACCCAAUCAAACAAAAUCCCCACUUUCUGUAUUUCUUGAUAUUCCAAGAAACUUAUGGAAACAAACUUUACGCCCUUUAAGCGAUUUCGGGUUUGGUCAAAGGAGCAUUUGGGAAGGUGGGGUUGGUUUGUUUUUGGUCUCUGGGACUGUUUUGUUUGCACUUACUUUAGUUUGGUUAAGAGCUUUUCAAUUGAGAUCAAGAUUUAGAAAGUAUCUUGCUGUUUUUGAAUUUUCUCAAGCUUCUGGGAUUUCAACUGGUACUCAAGUUCGAAUUCGCGGUGUUACCGUUGGUAAUGUGAUUCGGGUUAAUCCCUCUUUGAAAAGUAUUGAAGCUGUUGUUGAGGUUGAGGAUGAUAGAACUAUCAUACCAAGGAAUUCGUUGAUUGAGGUGAAUCAAUCCGGGCUCUUGAUGGAGACUAUGAUUGAUAUUACUCCAAGAGAUCCAAUUCCUUCACCUUCUUUUGGGCCAUUGGAUCCGGAUUGUGUUAAAGAGGGUUUGAUUGUGUGUGAUAGACAAAAGUUGCGAGGGUAUCAAGGUGUGAGUUUGGAUGCACUAGUUGGGAUAUUUACUCGGAUUGGACGGGAAGUGGAGCAAAUAGGUGUUGCUAAUACGUAUGCAUUGGCGGAACGAGCUUCCGUUGUUAUUGAAGAAGCAAGGCCUUUGCUACUAAAGAUUCAGGCCAUGGCUGAGGAUGUUCAGCCUAUGCUAUCCGAGGUUCGCGAUAGUGGUUUGCUACAGGAAGUUGAAACUUUGACUAAAAGUUUAACUCAAGCAACAGAGGAUUUACGAAAGGCGCAUUCUUCUAUUAUGACUCCAGAGAACACCGAAUUGAUUCAGAAGUCGAUAUAUACCCUUGUAUUUACUUUGAAGAACAUCGAGAGUAUAAGCUCCGAUAUUUUGGGAUUCACGGGCGAUGAAGCUACCAGGAAAAAUUUGAAGUUGGUCAUCAAGUCACUCAGUAGGCUAUUGUGAAGACCGAAUUCUUUAAAUUUAGAACCAUUCCUAACUGUAAAAAUGUUCAUAGAUCCUGUUGUGAUCCGGCUUUUUAGUAUGUCAGGCAGGUUCAAUAGUAUGGCCUGUUUGCAACCGUGUGAUACUGCGCGUUUUGUUUGUCAAGUUGAAAAUUUGAAGUCUUGUAGAAACAUUGUGAUUGAGACAUCAUGUAUGAGCGAACCUUACAUAUAUUGGCACUUUAUAUUAGAUAAAUCUUUUGGAUUGUA